GCCGACCCGGGGACGGCCGCCCUCCCGGUCCGCGCACGGCGCUCACCCGCCGACUCCCCGGUGUUGAUCCAGUCCGGGUUGGCGAUGCUGGCGAUGGCGAAGAUAUCGGCGGCCAGAAAGAGACAUCCUGAGAUGAUGGGUCUUCUGAAGCAACUACCUGGCUGCCCAAACUUCUGGGAAGCAGCCUUGCAUCGCCCCCUGGCGGCCAUUCAGAGAAUGGCUGCGCGCCAAUGUUUCCCCGUGGCCUGCGGUCCUGAUCUUGUGUCUCCAGGAUUCCAAACUGUUGGAAGUUGGGACAGAUGCCAACCUCGGCUCUGGGAGAGUCAAGAGAGCCCCACCCUAGGCAAUGGAGCAAGGCCCCCUCAAAAGCAAAAAUGUGAAAGGAUACAGCCCCAAGGCCAAGGCGUUUGCACAUAACUUGAACAAAAUGAAGCAGACUAAACUCACUGUGGGCAGCCUGGGACUGGGCCUGAUCAUCAUCCAGAAUGGGCCCUACCUUCAGAUUAGCCACCUCAUCAACAAAGGGGCUGCAGCCAGUGACGGAACACUCCAGCCAGGUGAUGUUCUGUUUAGUGUUGGACAUGCCAAUGUGUUAGGAUACACACUCCGUGAAUUUUUAAAGCUUUUGCAAAAUAUCACUAUAGGAACAGUGCUGCAAAUCAAGGUUUACCGCAACUUUAUUGACAUACCCCAGGAAUGGCAAGACGUAUAUGAUUUACUCCCCGAGACUAAAUUUCCAGUCCCACACACACCAAAGAAAACAAAGCAGACAAAAGAUGAGUCUUUUGUAAGCACUGAUGACCAUGAAGAUGCAGUUUUAGAUAAAAGACUUAAGUAUUACAGAUAUCCUCGGUCAGUUUGGAAUCACCCUGUAAGGACACCAAUAUCAAUCUCCACAGAAUGGCAUGGAUAUAAAAAGAAGGACCAUACUAUUAGUGUUGGAAAAGAUGUGAACUACAGUGUAGUAAUUCACAAAGAUGACAAAGAACUGAGGGCCCCUUCUCCAUACUGGACAAUGGUAGAGCAAGACAAGGCCAUCUCCUCCUCUUCUUCCACUGAGACUUCCUCCAACUCAGAUGUCUUUUGCCUGGAGGACUAUGCACAGGUUGAGGAGGGCAAAGGUCAACAGGUAUCAAAGUCUGGUUAGAUACUGGUUUGCAAAUCUGUGGCCACAGGACUUUUUAUUUUUAAAUAUCCAAUUUUUUAAUGCCUUCCCAUGUGCAGGUCUAUAGA